AAUUUUCUUCCUCUCUUACACAGAAACAGGUAUUUCUGCUUUCUCUCCUACUUCAUGGAAUUACUGAGAAUGGAUUGAGCCGCAUCAAUUUUUCUAUUUUUUUUCCUCUAAAUAAAAACACUAGAGAGAAGGCAAGCGGCAUACGAAAGCAUGAGGCAGUGAGUGGUGGACGAACAUGAAGCAGAAGGUAAUCUCCUUCCCAUUGCUCUGUUUUUUCACUCGGACCAGCAUUUGAUACAUCCUCCUUCGUCACAAUCAACAGCCUAUUGAUCCUUUCGAUCCGCCAUGGCGAAAACGGGUGUAUUCGAUUCCGAUCCGACGGUGAUGGCUAAGGCGACGGAGCUUAAGAAGGAGUUGCAGAAAUUGGUCAGGAUUAUCUCCGACGAUGAGGAUUAUAGUAUCCAAGCCGUCGAUCAAGCCCUGGAAACGCUCUCCGCUUUGAAGGAACUUAAGACGAGAAAGAGGUCCCUCUCCUUGAAGCUACCGGACACGGUUCCCUGCCCGGAGGAGUUUCGUUGCCCGCUUUCCAAUGAGCUAAUGAGAGAUCCUGUCAUUUUGGCCUCUGGUCAGACUUAUGAUCGGCCCUUUAUCCAGAAGUGGCUGACAGCUGGCAACAGAACAUGCCCUAGAACCCAGCAAGUUCCUCACACAAUUCUGACUCCCAAUCACCUAAUAAGGGAGAUGAUUCACAUGGUGCAGAGCCGGGGGGCAUAGAUCUCUGAUUCUGUUCAGCAUAUAUGAGGAUGGUAACACAGAAGUAGAUAGAGACCAUUUUCUUUCCUGCUAGAGAAGAUGUCUUCUACAAUCACUGAACAAAAGGCAGCUGCGAGGGAGCUUCGAUUAUGACGAAGAAGUGCCUUCUUUUAGGGCACUUUUGGAGAGUCUGUUGACAGCAUUCCUCGGUUGCUUGCUCCGCUCUCAGGAAGCAAAUCCCAUAGUGGGAUCCAACGUGAUCUCCAGGAAGAUGUGAUCACAACACUUCUGAAUCUUUCAAUACAUGACAACAACAAGAAGCUUGUUGCUGAAACCCCAGUGGUGGUUCCCCUUCUUAUGGAAGCAUUGAGGUCUGGAACCGUUGAAACAAGAAGCAAUGCUGCCGCAGCUCUUUUUACAUUGUCAGCACUUGAUUCCAACAAAGCACUUAUUGGGAAAGCUGGUGCCUUGCAACCGCUUGUUGAUCUUUUAGAAGAUGGGCAUCCACUGGCAAUGAAAGAUGUUGCUUCGGCAAUGUUUAACUUGUGCAUGAUCCAUGAAAAUAAGGCAAGAGCUGUGAAGGAAGGUGCAGUUAGAGUGAUCCUGAAGAAGAUUACGGAGGGCAUUCAUGUUGACGAAUUAUUAGCCAUCCUUGCUAUGCUUUCAAGUAACCAAAGGGCUAUUGAAGAAAUGGGAGAGCUAGGAGCUGUUCCUUGCUUGCUUAGAAUUAUCAGGGAGAGCAACUGUGAACGCAAUAAAGAGAAUUGCAUUGCAAUCCUCCACACAAUUUUUCUCAGCGAUCGAACCAAGUGGAAGGAAAUGAGAGAAGAGGAGAAUGCCAAUGGAACAAUAUCCAAGCUUGCUCAAGAUGGAACUUCGAGGGCCAAGAGAAAGGCUAAUGGUAUUCUUGAUAGAUUGAAGAGGUCUGUUAAUAUUACAUAUACUGCAUGAGAUGCCAUUCCCAAGCAUCAUCCUCACCAGUUGUAAAUUCUACCUGAUUCCUGAACUGUGGUCAUAUUUUGCAAGUCUGGGCAUGUUAGAAGUCAUCCUGGAUCAAAUCAUUUUUGUAAAUUCUCUUUGCCAGAAUCCCAACUCAGGUUCAUGAGUUUGUCUUUUAUGUGAAUAAAUAUACCGGGAGCUUUAUCAAUGCAAUUUUCUCCUCC